AUGGGUAGCAAUAAGUUAUUUCAUUUGAUAAUGAACUUUAUACCAAUGCUAUUUCUUAUAUUACUAUGUUUUCUUUCAAAAUCGAAUGCAUCAAGAGCGGAAUUUGUGACUUGCGGAACUGUUUUAAAAAUAAUGAACACCGACUUGCGGCUUCGCCUUCACUCGCAUGAUGUCAAGUACGGCUCAGGCUCUGGACAGCAGUCAGUCACAGCUGUUGAUGUGAGUGAUGACCACAACAGUCACUGGCUUGUUAGGCCUGCUAUGGGCGAAACUUGUAAACGAGGAGAACCAAUAAAAUGUAAUACAAAUAUUAGAUUACAACAUGUUUCAACAAAGAGAAAUUUACAUUCACAUUACUUCUCUUCACCCCUGUCUGGAAACCAGGAGGUCUCUUGCUAUGGAGACGACAGUGGUGAGGGUGACAGCGGUGAUAACUGGACCGUUGUAUGCAAUAAUGAUUACUGGAGAAGAGAUACACCUAUCAAGUUGAGGCAUAUAGACACAGCAGCAUUCUUGGCGGGAUCUGGGCGAACAUUUGGAAGACCUAUAAGUGGACAAGGAGAAAUUGUCGGUGUUACAUCUCAAUAUGGCGCAUACACAGACUGGCAAGCAAAGGAAGGGCUCUUUGUUCAUCCUAGUGAUGCUCUACCUCAUCAAGGAGCUAUACAUACAGAAUUAUAA